AUGGCUAAACUAGGUACAUCAAAAAGGGCAAGUUCCAAGAAUUCAAGCAAAAAAUCUACACCAGUUAAUACUCCAACCAAACAAAAGAAGAAUAACUCCAAGAAGAGUACACCUGCUAAAGAAGAAUCUAAAGAUAGCAUUCCAACAAAGAGAAUUUCCAAUGCACUAGAACAACUUACAAAAUACACAACUGAAGCAAAGGCAAAAGGUGAUGAUAAAAAAUCAUUAUUAGAUGAUGACGAUGAAUUAAAUAAAUCUUUAAGUCUUAUUGUUGUCAACAACAAGUCAUUUUCUGGCCCAGUCAAAAACUUUAAAUUAAAGUUGUUUGAUGUUGAUCAUUCAUUAUAUGUUCCUUGGAAAGAGGCUAGUGCCACUUCUGUCAAGGAUUUUAAAACUCUAUUAAUUCUAAAAGAUAGUGAUAAUGAUAAAGUUUCAGAAGAUGAUCUGUAUGAUUCCUUGAAUGAAUCAUCUAUUACUAUUGACGAAAUAAUAACUGGUAACCAACUGAAAACUACAUACAAGGCGUUUGAAACGAGAAGAGCAUUCGUUUCCCAAUUUUCUCUAAUUUUGGCUGACGAUAGUAUUGUUACCUCAUUACCAAAAUUAUUAGGUAGUAAAGCUUACUCAAAGUUGGAAACUACUCCAGUACCAAUAAGGACAUAUUCUAACAAAGAAUUUUCAAAGGUUACCUUAGUAAAUUCUAUUAAGAAAGUUUAUCUACAUCAAUUACCAGUUAAGAUUCCAAGAGGUACUACUAUGAACGUUCAUUUAGGUAACUUAGAAUGGUUUAAACCUGAAGCCCUUGUGAAAAAUGUUGAUUCUAUUACAAAGAAAUUGAUUGAUUUAUACAGCAUUAGAUCUAUCUUUAUCAAGAGCAAUCAAUCUCCAGUCCUACCAUUGUAUUACAAUAAUGAUGUUAUUGCUGAAUUGGCUGCUGCUAAGAAGGAUGCAGUUGCACAUGAAAGGGAAUCUAUCAAGAUCGAUGGUGUUGAAGUUCAAUUAUCUAACUUUGACAAGGCUUUAAUGGAAAUUGCUAAUCCAAAGGAAUUAACUAAUCUGUUUGCUAAACAGAUUUCUGAUGCUAAGAGAUCAAUCGAUGAUAGUGAUGAUAAAGUAGAUAAAAAACAAAUUAAAAAAGCCAAGAAUUAA